AUGCCAACAUCGACUUCAUCUCGAUCCAGUCUCGUCCCCAAUGGCCCAGUUCCCUCUUCCCCAUUCCCCCCCUCCCCCCUCACCAUCGACCAGCCUAUCCUGGUAGCCCCAUCGUAUCCUCCCCACUCCCAACUCGGUCCAUCCACCUUUGACCACCUCACUCUGCCUCACCACUACCACCUGGGUAUGGAUUGGGAGUAUUAUUAUCAUCAUUAUUAUUACCAUCAUCUUUAUUCCCUCUUCAAAGUUCAGCCUGAUGUACGGGGUGUCCCGGUUAUGCAUUCACCCUCGCUCUCGCCCUUCGCCUAAUCCACCAUCUACAGACCACAAUUAUAAUAUCGUUCACUGCAGUCAUACUGUACUCAUACUGCAUCCAUCCUUCCAGCCAACCAUUCAUCAUCGUCCAUCCAUCCAUCUGUCCAUCUAUCCAUGGACCCUCCCUCCCGUGCUUCCAUUGCGGCCCGAAACUUCCCUUGAGGAUGAUGAUCCAUUGCGCCCCAACGACG